AUGGCCGCUCGAUCCGCCCUCCUUCUCCUCACCACAAUCGUACCGGCCUGUGUAUCAGCACUCCAAGUUACGCCCAAUUCGCCAUGUGCAUCCUUCUGUCUGGACUCCAACAGCCUCGAUGCCUCGGACCCCAACUCGUCCAACACCAAGGGCAAGGACAUUACUUGUGUGGACGAGGAUUACAAGACAGGGGCCGCCGGACAGAAAUACCAGCAGUGUUUGAGCUGUCUUCAGGACAGCACCUUUGUUCAGGGCAGUGAGAACGACCAAGACUGGUUUUUGUACAACAUGAGGUACUCUUUCGACUACUGCAUCUUUGGGUACCCCAAUGCCACCGGCGUAGGCUCCAACCCCUGCCAGACGUCUACGGCGUGUGGCGCGUUAGAGGCUGCUCUCACAGACGGCGAAUUGGACCCAACAAAAUCAUCGCAGUACGCAUAUUGCGAUGCGGAUGGCGGUGCCAUGCUAGGUUCAGCUUACGACAAGUGCCUGUCGUGUGUAAGAGCAGGUGGUGAACACUACUAUCUCUCAAACUAUCUCGUUGCCCUUGGAGCAGGCUGCCAGCAAAGACCAAGCCCAGGCACACUAGUCGGCCUCAACGACACCGUCUUCACAAAGGGCAUCAUCACCGUCGUCGACCCAAAGGAUGCAGCAGAUGCCGACAAAGCUCAAACUCCCACCCUGCCAAUGACGGCCAUUGUGGGCAUCGUAAUAGGAGCCAUCGUGGCACUCCUCCUAGCUGCCGGCUGCACCUUCAUCCAGUGCCGUAAGCGCAGGGCACGUAGACAAGGCCGCGGCAUCAACCCAGAGCUCUCACGCCGCGCAAAGGGCCACCGCCCAGCCUCAUCUCUCUCCUUCCGCUGCCAGACGCAUCUCACACCAAAGGAACCAAACUUCUUCUCCGUCGAGGAGGAAGAGGCGCAAAACGAAAAGCAUUACUACGAGACCAUGCAUCAGCAACAACAGCAAGGCAUGGCCCCUAGUCCCGUAUCAAAACCCAGUCUCUGGAUGCCACACAACUCCAUCACCUCUUUCACAGCCGCAGACCACAUCCCCUACACCGACAAGAAGCCCUCGCAAAAGGAACCCUUCGCCCUCGCAAACAUCACCACAAGCCUCCCCAUCAUCCCCGUAAAAGCACACUCCCCAAAAUACAACAUGGCCUCCCCGCAAGACGAGUACGCCACCCCAACGUCAACCACCUCCGCCGCGCCCCUCCUCUCCUUCAGACCCUACGUCCCCUCGGAGCACGGCUUCUCGACCCCGUCAAUGGGCAACGCGGCGGCGAGCUUUAGCCCGUCCACCACCUACGCCUCCCCGACCUCGGGAACGACGGCGAGCCCCUUGCUAAGCCAGGCCGGUUGGCCCGCGCCCGCGCCUGCGCAUAAUCGGCACAUCCACACCGAGUCCUCGCCGCCUCCGUUGGUAUCGGACGCGUCCAAGACCAUCCCCGGCAUCGUGCGGGAUCUGGCGCGGCCGUUGCCGAAGAGGGUUACCUCGUUGGGAGGCAGCCCCGUGGAGAGCUAUAAGAUCCAGGUGGCGUUUCCGCCGCCGCCGCCGCACAAGAAGAGAUAG